CACGAGAAAGUUCCGAAAAAACUGUCGCGAUGCAUUUGCAUUUAUCUAGGCUGCUACCGGCAUGUGCAAUGAAUUCGGUAAGGUGCAUUUCCUCCAACAGCGCUGCGGUGGUAAAAGUGCAUCGAAGUAUUUACUCUCGCCGCUACCCAACCAUGGUGGUUUUUCCCGACGGGGCCACCAUCAACAUCAGCUACCACGAACCGCGAAGGAUAAUCAAGUUACCCUUGGAUCUAAGCUUACUAUCCGAAGCUGAACGGAAGGCUCGUAUUGAGAAGCGCAAACCGAAGCAAAAGAUUGUUAUCGAGGACGAUGUAGAAGAGGAUACGUUCAAUGCCAACAAGUAUCUGAAGUACAUCAAAAAGAAGUAAACGUGUCGGAAUCACACAUUAGUUGUAAAUAAAACAAUGCUGAUUAGUUGUCGUAUACCCGUAUAUUGUAUUAUUGCUUUCA